CGAGGCGGCCGAGGUGCCCAGGCCGAGGCGGAGCUGGCGGCGGCCGAGGGCGGGCCUAGGUGUCCGCGCAGGGGGCGGGCCGCGCUGACGUCCGGGCGCCCGGGCCGAGCUGUGGCUGUGGCGGCGGCGGCGGCGGCGGUGGAGGCGCCUCGGCGGCAGCAGUCGCAGCAGCGGCAGCCUGGAGGAGGGUGAGACGGCCGCGGCGGCGGCGGCUCGGAAGUCGGGCGGGACCGGGAGCUUCCAGUCUGCCGCUGGCGCUGAGGCAUUUUUUUUUUUUUUUUUGCCUUUUCCGACCUGGCUUCUUGCUCCCGGCCCUGACUGGGCAGGGCAGAGCGCCCCCGGGGAGGGGCGGAGCUGUAGAUAUGGUGUAAGAUAUUUCUUCAAGACUGGACAGCUGAGGACCUGUAAAUCCUGAUGAGCCUUAAGCCAGCUUGUAGCCAUAGAGAAACCUCACAGAGUUCCAUUGUUUUUCCUUCCUGCUUCACACGGUUCCCUGCACCCAAAUUCAUCUUGCAACCAUCUUGCAAUCAUGUAUGGAAGUGCUCGUUCAGUUGGGAAGGCGGAACCGAGCAGCCAGAGCCCUGGGCGUUCCCCUAGGCUUCCGCGUUCCCCCCGCUUGGGUCAUCGUCGGACCAAUAGCACAGGGGGCAGUUCUGGAAGCAGUGUUGCAGGCGGCAGUGGGAAAACCCUCUCAAUGGAGAAUAUACAGUCCUUAAACGCUGCCUAUGCCACAUCUGGCCCUAUGUACCUAAGUGACCACGAAAACGUGGGUGCAGAAACGCCUAAGAGCACCAUGACACUGGGCCGCUCUGGAGGACGUCUGCCCUACGGUGUCAGGAUGACCGCCAUGGGCAGUAGCCCCAACAUCGCCAGCAGUGGGGUGGCCAGCGAGACCAUCGCCUUUGGAGAUCACCACCUUCCUCCCGUGAGCAUGGCGUCCACUGUACCUCACUCUCUCCGCCAGGCCAGGGACAACACCAUCAUGGAUCUGCAGACGCAGCUCAAGGAAGUGUUAAGGGAGAAUGAUCUUUUGCGGAAGGAUGUGGAGGUUAAAGAGAGCAAACUGAGUUCUUCGAUGAAUAGCAUCAAGACCUUCUGGAGCCCCGAGCUGAAGAAAGAGCGAGCCCUGAGAAAAGACGAGGCUUCCAAGAUCACCAUUUGGAAGGAGCAGUACAGAGUUGUGCAGGAGGAAAACCAGCACAUGCAGAUGACGAUCCAGGCUCUCCAGGAUGAGCUGCGGAUCCAGAGGGAUCUCAAUCAACUGUUCCAGCAAGACAGCAGCAGCAGGACUGGCGAGCCAUGCGUGGCGGAGCUGACGGAGGAGAACUUCCAAAGGCUGCACGGCGAGCACGAGAGGCAGGCCAAGGAGCUGUUCCUGCUCCGCAAGACCCUGGAGGAGAUGGAGCUGCGCAUCGAGACCCAGAAGCAGACCCUCAGCGCUCGGGAUGAAUCCAUCAAGAAGCUGCUGGAGAUGCUGCAGAGCAAAGGGCUGUCUGCCAAGGCCACGGAGGAGGACCACGAGAGAACGAGGCGGCUGGCGGAGGCGGAGAUGCACGUCCACCACCUGGAGAGCCUGCUGGAGCAGAAGGAGAAGGAGAACAGCUUGCUGCGAGAGGAGAUGCAUCGAAGAUUUGACAGUGCCCCUGACUCUGCGAAAACCAAAGCUCUUCAAACCGUUAUUGAGAUGAAGGAUUCCAAAAUCUCCUCCAUGGAGCGUGGGCUCCGGGACCUGGAGGAAGAAAUUCAGAUGUUGAAGUCGAAUGGGGCUCUGAGUACUGAGGAACGGGAGGAAGAAAUGAAGCAAAUGGAGGUGUACCGGAGCCACUCUAAAUUUAUGAAGAACAAGAUUGGCCAGGUGAAGCAGGAACUGUCCAGGAAGGACACAGAACUCCUGGCCCUUCAGACAAAGCUGGAGACGCUGACGAACCAGUUCUCGGACAGCAAGCAGCACAUUGAGGUGCUGAAGGAGUCCUUGACCGCCAAGGAGCAGAGGGCGGCCAUCCUGCAGACCGAGGUGGAUGCUCUCCGGCUGCGUUUGGAAGAGAAGGAAACCAUGCUGAAUAAAAAGACCAAACAAAUUCAGGAUAUGGCCGAGGAGAAGGGGACCCAGGCCGGGGAGAUCCAUGACCUGAAGGACAUGCUUGACGUGAAGGAGCGGAAGGUCAACGUUCUGCAGAAGAAGAUUGAAAACCUUCAAGAGCAGCUUAGAGAUAAGGAAAAGCAGAUGAGCAGCUUGAAGGAACGAGUGAAGUCCUUGCAGGCUGACACCACCAACACAGACACUGCCUUGACAACGCUGGAGGAGGCGCUCGCUGAGAAGGAGCGGACAAUUGAACGCCUAAAGGAGCAGCGGGACCGAGAUGAGCGGGAAAAGCAAGAGGAAAUUGAUACCUACAAGAAAGAUCUUAAAGACUUGAAAGAAAAAGUCAGCCUGUUGCAAGGAGAUCUCUCAGAGAAAGAGGCGUCACUCUUGGAUUUGAAGGAGCAUGCUUCUUCCUUGGCUUCCUCAGGCCUCAAGAAGGACUCGCGCCUGAAGACGCUCGAGAUUGCUUUGGAGCAGAAGAGGGAGGAGUGCCUGAAGAUGGAGUCGCAGCUGAAAAAGGCACAUGAGGCAACCUUGGAAGCAAGAGCCAGUCCAGAGAUGAGUGAUCGCAUCCAACAACUGGAGAGAGACAUUUCCAGGUACAAAGAUGAGUCUAGCAAGGCCCAGACAGAAGUUGACCGUCUCUUGGAAAUAUUGAAGGAAGUGGAAAAUGAGAAGAAUGACAAAGAUAAGAAGAUAGCGGAGUUGGAAAGGCAAGUGAAAGACCAGAAUAAGAAGGUCGCUAACCUGAAGCACAAGGAACAGGUGGAGAAAAAGAAGAGCGCCCAGAUGCUGGAGGAGGCCCGUCGGAGGGAGGACGACCUCACCGACAGCUCGCAGCAGCUGCAGGACAGUCUCCGUAAGAAGGAUGACAGGAUUGAAGAACUGGAAGAAGCACUAAGAGAAAGUGUACAGAUAACCGCAGAGCGUGAGAUGGUGCUAGCACAAGAGGAAUCAGCCAGGACCAAUGCUGAAAAACAGGUUGAGGAGUUGUUGAUGGCCAUGGAGAAGGUAAAGCAGGAACUGGAAUCCAUGAAAGCCAAGCUGUCCUCCACCCAGCAGUCACUGGCAGAAAAGGAAACUCAUCUGACCAAUCUUCGAGCAGAGAGAAGGAAACAUUUAGAGGAAGUUCUGGAGAUGAAGCAAGAAGCUCUUCUGGCUGCGAUUAGUGAAAAAGAUGCCAACAUUGCUUUGCUAGAGCUUUCAUCCUCCAAGAAAAAGACUCAAGAGGAAGUGGCUGCACUCAAGCGAGAGAAGGACCGACUGGUGCAACAGCUCAAACAGCAGACACAGAAUCGAAUGAAGCUCAUGGCCGACAACUACGAGGAUGACCACUUCAGAUCCUCCCAUUCCAAUCAGACGAACCACAGACCCUCCCCAGACCAGAUUAUUCAGCCCCUCUUAGAACUUGACCAAAAUAGAAGCAAAUUAAAGUUGUAUAUUGGACACCUGACAGCCCUCUGCCAUGACCGAGACCCACUAAUUCUUCGUGGACUCACUCCACCAGCUUCCUAUAACAUGGACGAUGACCAGGCAGCUUGGGAGAAGGAGCUGCAGAAGAUGACCCAGGAACAGCUCCAGGACGAGCUACGGAAAGGUGAGCAGGACAACGCAGAGCUGCAGGAGUUUGCCAACGCCAUCCUUCAACAGAUCGCAGACCACUGCCCCGACAUCCUGGAGCAGGUGGUGAACGCGCUGGAGGAGUCCUCCUGACCCCGCCCCAGGCCGUGGAGCGCCAGGGCCCCGAGAGAAAGAACUGCAGACCCACAGGCAACCGGACACCUGCUGGCCCCCAACACUACAAGCCACGACCUGUCCUGCAGAAGUGUGAUUCCAGCCCCGUGUCUACAUCUGUCACCUUGCACUGCCGUUCCGGGUCUCCAUGAAGAACUGCUCCAUCCUCCCCACGCAUCUGGAGCAGAGAACUGGAAGCUGGUGGCUCUGCCCCUCGCCAGAGAUGCUGGGUCGAAGGCCCUCUGCCCUUCCUUCCUUUGGCGUGAGAACUAACUCUGGACUCCACGUGGGAUUCCGUGUGCCAAGAGAAUGCCUCCCAGUUGUCUGGAAAGCUGAGCGUGUCCCACCAACACAGAUAGGUGCUUUCUCCCAAAAGUUUUAUCUUGUUUUGUUUCUGUUUUGUUUUGAACCCUCAGAAAGAGUGGAAAGGAAGAGGCAGGGUAGAGCGAGGGCACCAGCUCUGUGUCAUGCCUUUGUCACCUCCUUGUCCUGU